AUGGCAGGGCCUAGACAAUUAAAAAAAGAUUCAAAAUCAGAAUCGAAAACUACCACAGCAUCUAGCAUAACAAAAGAUUUUGCAGAGGCAUUCAAUUUAUCGAUUGACUCGUAUUUUAAACAAGUCAAUAGUAAUAAUAAGUUGAAAUUGAUUGACAUAUUUGCUUUUUUCCUGGUAUUAAUUGCUCUUAUUCAAUUUGUCUUUGUAUGUCUGAUUAGGGACAACUUCCCAUUCAAUGCUUUCCUAGCAGGCUUCAUAAUAUGUGUUGGCCAAUUCAUACUAUUGAUGUGUUUAAGAAUGCAGUUAUUAAGUCCAUUUGAAGGUAUCAGUACAAACAGAGCAUUUGGAGAAUUUGUUUUAGCUAGUUUACUGUUACAUUUUAUUUGCUUACAUUUUAUCAAUUGA